AUGGGCUUUGACAGAUACGUGGCCAUCUGCGCCCCACUACACUAUGCCAGCCGCAUGAAUCUUACUCUCUGUGCCCAACUUGUUGGCACCUCAUUUCUGAGUGGGUCCCUCUUUGGUCUGGGAAUGACACUGGUCAUUUUCCACCUCCCAUUCUGCAGCUCCCAUGAGAUCCAGCACUUUUUUUGUGACACGCCGCCAGUGCUGAGCCUGGCCUGUGGAGAUACAGGCCUGAGUGAGCUGGGAAUUCUGAUCCUCAGCCUGCUGGUUCUGAUGGUCUCCUUCUCCCUCAUCGCUGUCUCCUACACCUACAUCCUGGCAGCAAUCCUGAGGCUCUCCUCCACCGAGGGGCGGAAGAAAGCCUUCUCCACCUGUGCCUCACCCCUCACAGUGGUCGUUGUUCACUACGGCUGUGCCUCCUUCAUGUACUUGAGACCCAAAGCCAGUCACUCUCUUCAGCGGGAUCAGCUUAUUGCUGUCACCUAUACUGUCGUGGCUCCUCUCCUCAAUCCCAUCAUUUAUAGCCUGAGAAAUAGGGCUGUGCAGACUGCCCUGAGAAAUUCUUUCCAAGGGGGAUUACUGGGUAAAGGAUGA